AUGAGUGGUCGGUGGCCACACAUCGAUCGCCAGGUCCAACAACUGCAACAACUCCGGGACAGUGUUUCCACUGGAGACAUUAUGACAGACAGCAUCGCCCCAGGAGGAACCCAUUCUCGUCAGAAGUGGUCUGUGAACUUGCAGCUGUUAUGGAAAAUCUUAGUAUAUGCCCAUGCAAGCAAUAUAUCAGAUCCUGCUAGCGACAUAUUCGGCCCGGAACUUGCCAAAGACAGUGUCGGAUGCUCAGGGGACCCUUCCGCUGGCGCUAUCACCGAACGUGAUUUUACUUUGAUUGGAUCCGCUGGAAUCUCAGGCCACAAGACAGUGGCUCCCGAGUGUGUCACCUACCCACCUGAGCAGACUGAGGAUUCCAUACAAGCACCGGGUCAAACCUCGCCGAAGAUCGACUUUUCGGGGCUUCCAGGAGAUCCCAACAUGGAGUUUAACGGUGGUGACACAUUGUUUCUCCAGCUUCAAGAUUAUGGGAGGGCGUUUGAGGAUUGGCUAAGUGUCAACCCAACUUCUCCAGGUGAGGUUGGAAUUUAG